GAACACCGCGAAAAAUACAAUGAUGUCCGAAUAUUUUGGAAUGAAAUAGAAUCAUCUAUUGCCGAUUCGGACUUACAUUUGGAUAAGGUAAAAACGGCUCGAACAGUAAUGCAUGGCACCGAGAGGUUGAUCAAAACUGCUUUAAACGAAGUUGAUAGCACACUGAGAACCGAUGGAGGUUUUGUCUCUAAUAAUGUACCGAAUGAACGACCAGCCGAAGAAGCUCUAUCUGAAGGAGUUUUUCCAAUCGGGAAUACAGACGAUAUUAUCAACGCCAGAACUUCUUCAAAAAGAGGUUUGAAUUGUGAAAAGAACGAUGAUGUAGUUACAAAACGGGGUAAAAUCGAGGAAAAAUCACAAGAUCUACCUAUUGAAGCCACCUCCGAAAAGAGCACUGAGGAUGAAUCACGUAAUACUCCAACACCAUGCAUUUAUAUUAGCUCAGAUAGUGAAACUUAUGAAGAGCAUAAAUUGGAUGAGGAUGAUGACGGAUUCUUUGAUGAUAUAAAAACGGUUUCAUUCAAUGAUUAUUUAAACCAAAAUAAAGAAUCCGAAUGGAAAUUAAGAGAUGGUCGUCUAAUCGUUGAUAUUGUUAACAUUAAGACCGCUGAGUUAAUAAAAUUAGCUUCGGAGAAAGAGAAGAAAGAACGAACGCAAUUUACGAAAAGUGUUAUCCGUAAAAACAGAUUAGGGCUUUCAUCAAUUAUCGAUUUGUCUUCAGAGUUUGAAGAUGGAAUGUAUACAUGGUUUGAGCAGGAAUGGACAGAUAUUAAAAGAAAAAUCUAUGGGGUCGUUAAUAUGGAGCCGAACGUUUUCGAAGGAGAGAUAACAAAUGUUAUUGAUACUGUCGAAGAGAUGUGCGAUAGGUACAAAUAUUAUGAAGUUCGCGACUAUUUAUUUAAGAUCAGAACUGGCGAUCAUUCUCAAAUAGUACAGCAAAUAGCCACAGUAUAUUUCUACGUGAUCGAUGAAUUUUUAAAAAAUCCGUUCAUAUUUGUAGACAAAAAAGGCAGAUAUCAGGAACUCAGCGAGAUUGAAUACGCAAUGGCUAUGACUAGACCAAUAAUAAAUAAUGUAUUCAGUGACACCUUUGAUUAUCUAAAACUUCGCUGGGGAGAAACAUUAUCUAAUUUCAUAUCUGAUCGUCGUCGAAAAAUCGAUUUGAGAAUUGUUCAUAAGGCCAAAAAUCUUGAACUAAGUCAUUCCGAAUGCGCCAAAGCUCCUACUCCUGGAAAGGCUGUGCAAGAUCGUUCGAAAUGUUUACGAACAUUGAAAGGUGUUCUUGAUAACUUGUUAAAAGAAGAUUUGUCGGAUGAAGAAGUUCAGGACUCAAAAGUAUUGGGCAUACAGUUUGCUGGGAUAGAUCUACUUGACGACGGACUGUAUUUCGGAUUAGAGGGACCAACUUUUAGUUUUCCAGCGCAACUUAUAAAUAUAAAAUGUCUUCGUGGAGCAUUGGAGGCCUUAUAUUUCUUCAAACAAGAAGUUGUUAAAAAAAUGAAGCUAAUACCUGAUCCAAAAAAGAUGAAUCACCCAUAUAAUCAGAUAUUUCACUCAAAUUCGGGUACUUUAAUAAAAGCAAAACAUUUUAAAACUGAAUUUAUUCGAGAAACACAUUUCACACCAAAAAAAAGACCAGAAACACAGAAACAGUCAUACAAGGAUCUAAUGUUAACCGAAGAAUUAUGCAUUCCAUUAGGCAAAGAUCUUGGGCUUGACUACAAAAAAAAAUAUUAA